CACGAAGACACGCUCCCUUCGGAACGAGAAACGUACUGUGCGCGUCCUCGCUUCAUCCUCCGGCGCAAGCUAAUUCCGUAUAUCCUCUGCAUCGCCGCGCACAAAUACAUAUCGUUACAAACAUGUCCACUGUCGCUUCUACGACUGUGACCUCGAGGCUGAGUUCAAAGGUUACUUUACGCGAUUCCCGAACUCGACACUUCGGUGUAGGCCUCCCCCGCCGCCGUGCCGGGCGCUAUACCGCGACGCGGGCUGAGGUAACUAACGGCAACGGUGCCGCAACCGUGGUUACUGACGCGACCUUCGAAGCAGAGGUACUGAAGAGUGACAUCCCAGUACUUGUGGACUUCUGGGCGCCUUGGUGUGGUCCCUGCCGGAUGAUUGCACCGCUCAUCGAUCAGCUAGCUGAAGAAUAUUCCGGCAAGCUAAAGGCGGUAAGUUGUCCAAACUUUGCGAUCCCAUCGAUUUUUGCCAACUGUGACACAUUUAGCUCCGCGAGAUGCGCAAGUACAUCCGAUUUUGAUAGCGAAUUGAGACAUCUUCUUUGGGAAGAUAGUGAAGCUUUGCACAUUUUAACUGACCAGUCGGAAAAUCAUAAUCAGGUAAAGCUUAACACGGAUGAAAGCCCCAGCGUUGCCACCGAAUACGGUAUUCGCUCAAUUCCCACUGUGAUGAUCUUCAAGGGAGGACAGAAGCUUGACACUGUUAUCGGUGCCGUCCCGAAGUCGACCCUUACUGGUACUAUUGAAAAGUACCUCUAAAUAUAGCUCGUCGUAGGUUUGCGGGGCACUGGAGGCGUAUCAAAAAUUUGGCAUUUGCGGUUACAUACUCAGAUUACGGGGCGGUGCAGCGGCAAUGGUGAUGCGGACAACCUUGCGCUCAGCUUCAGCCGACCAAAAUGAGUCACGCGCACAUUGUCAGUAGAUUCACUCUGAUAUGUGUCGGGCACGGAGGUUUAGCUGAUAUAUUUUUUGUACAAGUAACAAGAACACAUUCCUGUGCACAAAAUAAUUG